UAUAAUGGGAAAAUUUUGGACAAUACUUGGCUUUCAGACGAUGCACAGAUAGCAUUACACUUUAACAAACCCCCUCAUAAAUUAACUGAAUGUGGAAUAGAAUUAGAAGUCUCAGAACAAGGAUUUGCCACAACAAUAAAAUCGACAAGACCUAAAAGAAGCUUAAACACUGAAAAACUGGGUAUAGUAACUUCGCCUGAAAUGGCUGCUGAACUAACGUAUCUUGACACACAACUAGCCGAAACACUAACAUUUGCCUUUACUCACUCACUUAAAGCACUCUGCGACCAUUUAGAAGAAGUAAAAAGAUGGGCACUAGCCUCGCUUAUUUCUAAUCCCACUGAACUUGCAAGAAUAAUAUUUGGAAAUAAUUAUUUAAUUGCAAAACGUGAAGGCUCCUCUUUAUUGAGAAUUUGGCCAUGUAUUGCACUAAAAGAAGAAGAAUUUAAUUUUAUUCCAACUAACUUAGAAGAAUGUUUUGAACUCAUUCCCAUUCAACUAACUACUGAAAAUCAAACACAUUUGGCGUUCUUAGACCCAACGACAAUGAUAGUUCAACCAACAUCAAAGAAAGCACCAUGUGCACAAUUUAAAAAUUUAAUUUUAGAACUGAACCAUAACACUUUAGAAAUUAAUCAACUAACUGGGGAAGGCUUUUGACAUACCUGAAAUUAAGGC